AUGGUUAUCAACCAGCCUAUGUCCCAGAUUCGUUUGACUAAUGUCUCGUUGGUCCGUCUUAAGAAAGGUAAAAAGCGGUUUGAAGUGGCUUGUUACCAGAAUAAAGUCCAAGAUUAUCGAUCUGGAGUUGAAAAAGACCUUGAUGAAGUGCUUCAGAUCCCUCGGGUGUUUUUCAAUGUCUCAAAGGGACUUGUUGCCCCUAAUGAGGAUCUUCAAAAAGCGUUUGGCACCACCGACACCGACAAGGUUGUUUUAGAGAUUCUUUCCAAAGGGGAAAUCCAACUUGGAGAAAAAGAACGUCAACUUAACAUUCAAAACAUCAACAAAGAAAUCUUAACCAUUAUUUCCACAAAGUGCAUCAACCCAAAGUCUCGUAAACGGUACCCACCAUCGAUCAUUAACAAAGUGCUUGCCGAACUAAAUUACAACGUAUUGCCUAACAAAUCGGCGAAAUCACAAGCGUUAGAAAUCAUCAAGUUGUUGAUUGCCAAACAAAUCAUUCCUAUUGCCAGAGCAAAGAUGAGGGUUCGGAUUGUGUGGAAUGGCAAGGAAGCCAAAAAGAACAUGGAGAAAAUCAAGGAGUUGUUCAACGAAACAGAGAGCGAGGAUUAUGUCGGGAAUGAAAUGUGGGAGUGCCAUGCGGUCAUUGAUCCUGUCAACUAUAAGCCAUUGGUGGAAUUGGUUGCUGGGGAUAAAGUGAGACAAAAGGGUAGUAUUGAAGUGUUAGAGAUGGCGGUGGUAGGUGAAGGUGAUACUAGCUUUUGA